UGCUAUUUAAGUUUCUUGGUCCAUCACAUCUAACAGAGAGAUACGCCGCCAUGGAGUUUUCCCUCGACGUUGCUUUGCUUGAGUUGCAAAAGUCAUGCCAAAACAAAUCUCCAGAAAACCUUACGAUAUCACCCUUCGGUAUCUCAGUAAUACUCCACAUGAUUGCCAAUGGCGCAACAGGACCUACCUUAGAUCAACUCCUUCACUUUCUCCAGGUAGAAAAGAUUGAAGAUUUGGAUUCAAUGGCCCCAAAUCUAAUGGAGAUCGCCAAAUCUUCCAAUAAUGUUGAAACGGAUGAUGGUCCGGUAAUCUGCAAUUUCAAUGCUGUUCUUGUGAGUCAUAAGUUUACUCUCAAGGAAAGUCACCGAGAAUUUCUGGAAAAUAUGUUUCAUGCCAAAGUCAAGUACGUCGAUUUUUCUCGCAAGGAGGUAGGUGUAGAUGAGGUGAAUGAAUGGGUCAAUGAUGACACAAAAGGACUUAUAAAACCGCUUCUUCUUAGGAGUGCCUUUAACAAGCAAUAUUUAACCCUUAUCCAUGCGAACGGGCUUUAUUUCAAAGCAAGCUGGGAAAAUGAGUUUGAGCCAUCAAAUACACGAACUGACAAAUUCCACCUUCUUGGGGAAAAAGUGGAUGAGUCACCUGUCGUCGAAGUACCAUUCAUGAUGAAAUAUGAAAGCACUUAUGCGCACGCUUCCUUUGACGACUACAAUGUUCUUACGAUGCCCUAUAAAUCAGGGAAUGGAGAUAGGAAAGCAGGAAGGCGUUUCUCCAUGACCAUCAUCCUCCCGAAGGAAAAGGGAGGGUUGCCAAAACUAGCCGACAAAAUGAGACAAAACCCUCAUCUCUUAUCUCGCAAACACAUGCUGAAUAUGGAGUAUGAGAUGAUUUCUAUCUUGCAGGUUCCGAAGUUUACUCUCGCUUACUGUUUUCUUCCAUCGGAGAUAAUGAAAGAGUUAGGGCUAACGUUGCCUUUCAUGGAUUCUGAGGAUGACCUUACUGGUAUGGUAGAGGAAAUGCCAUUGUUUGUCUCAAAAAUCACACAACAUAGCCGAAUGGAAUGCAAUGAGGCAGGUACGGAAGUGUUGAGUGUUACCUAUGAUGAGGAGGCUCUUGGCUUUUGCUUAGACGCUUCACCGCCACCGCCGCCGAUCAACUUUAUAGCUGACCAUCCGUUCAUGUGUGUCAUCAAAGAAGAUGUGUCUGACACCAUAUUAUUUCUAGGUGCAAUAAAUAAUCCUCAAGUGGUGGGAUGAAGCUAUUCUGGUUAUUUUUUUUAAUAAAACUAACUAUUUUUUCACUUUGAAUAUAUCAUACUCCGUAUGAGAAAACAACUAGAGGCUUUUAGCCAACCGUUUCAAUGGUCCAAUAUACAUAAUGUUAGUCCAAUGUGUAUUCUUAUUAUUAUUGCGAUGAUGAUGA